AUGGAGAACCACCGCCGCGAUGACUCGCCUUCUGGUCUCUCAGAUAUUGUCGAAGGCGACGGUCUGCUGGGUACUGGUCUAACGACCCGACACAUUGAAGCCUUUGGGCGAAAGGUCACGUCAACGGCAGGACACUUGAUGGGGCCGGCCGAGCAGUCUCACGGAACACACUAUCACAAUGCCAUGUCCGACCUCCACCGCGAGCUGCGCCGGCCGACGGCGCAGCGGAAGGUCUUUUCCCUCACUCAAACCACCCCUACCGACCUAGUCCGAUCGAAGCUGUCGACCGCCGAAAUCCAGUCGCGAGCUCUUUCUUCCCUGCCGGAUGACCUUCUCGCCAACAUCCCCGAAGAUUCUAGUUCUUAUUCACUCUUCCAGGGCUUCCAGGCGACCCUUCCCGAGGAGGAACAUGGCCAUAAGAAGCACAGGAGACGCAGUUCCAAGGCACAGAAGGCUUUGAAGGACAGUGAGAAGGGUGGAGCGUUGACCGCGGGCCCUGCGGCAUUGAGGGAGGAACGAAAAGCGCUGGGUCGCCGGUUGGAUCUCAUGGGUAUUCGAAAGAAUAUGUGCAGCGCCGAAAUCCACGAGAUCGAUAACAAGAUUGCCAAUUUGCACAAAAUGCGCCAGAUCGUACUGGAUCGAUUAGCCGGGUUGGAAAUGGAUGAAGCAGCUAUGGAAGUUGAAAUCACGGAACUUGAUAACAAGUUGGAAGAUCUCCAGGAAGAGGAAACCCCCGAAUCAUCUGUCACGGCCGAGACACCAAAAACCUCCGAGAUUAAAGACGACGCAGGUGCUUCAUCCGGUGACCCUGCCAUGGAUGCUUCGUUCAUGUCGGAAUCGAUAUAUGAGAAAUUGCCGACCCCAUCCCCUCGAAGUUUACGACACCGAUCAAUCCGCAAACGAUCUAUGCCGAUCUUGCACGAACAUUUCGCUCCCGGAUCUUUAAUCAAGGAGAUUGACGCACACACUGAUAUGGUUACCGCCAUUGAUUUUGACUAUCCAUUUGGUACUAUGGUUAGCGCAGCAUUGGACGAUACCGUGCGGGUGUGGGAUAUGAAUGUGGGCCGUUGCUCAGGAUUGUUGGAGGGACAUCAUGCCUCUGUCCGCGCCUUGCAAGUGGAGGAUAACAUCGUCGCGACGGGAUCCAUGGAUGCGUCCGUCCGGCUAUGGGAUUUGAGUCGUGCUCGACCCGUCAGUCGUGACAACCGAUUGAACAAGCAUGAACGGGAUGGACUCGAUGAAGCAGACGAUCACUCCUCGUCAGUGCCACCUUCUUCGAACUUGGAAGAUUGCCACGUCUUUUCGCUCGAAGCACACGUCGACGAAGUCACCGCGCUCCACUUUAAGGGCGACACCCUCAUCUCGGGAUCUGCAGACAAGACUCUGCGACAAUGGGAUUUGGUCAAGGGCCGUUGCGUGCAGACGUUAGAUAUCCUUUGGGCGGCAACCCAGUCUUCCUCCUCUAUGUCUGGAGACGGCAAUUGGCGCCCGUCUGGCCGUCUUCCAGAUGCGUCCGCUGACUUUGUCGGGGCCGUGCAAUGCUUCGAUGCAGCCUUGGCUUGUGGAACUGCAGACGGUAUGGUCCGCCUGUGGGAUCUACGUAGUGGCCAGGUGCAUCGUAGCCUGGUGGGCCACACUGGGCCCGUCACCUGCUUACAGUUUGACGACGUGCACUUGGUGACGGGUAGUCUGGACCGCAGUAUUCGGAUUUGGGACCUCCGAACCGGAUCUAUAUACGAUGCCUAUGCCUACGACAAGCCCAUCACCAGCAUGAUGUUCGACUCUAAGCGCAUUGUAGCUGCCGCUGGCGAUAGCGUGGUCAAGGUCUACGACAAGGCCGAUGGCCACCACUGGGACUGCGGCGCUGGCGUUGGUGUCGACGAGGAAGGACCGUUCCCUGCGACCGUUGAGCGGGUGCGCCUGAAGGACGGCUACCUCGUCGAGGGACGUAAAGACGGUACCAUGGCCGCUUGGACGUGUUAA